AAUAAUUAUUAUGAAUGUCACAAAUCAAUCAACGCUGAUGGGUUUGAAAGCCCACCCUCUACCGACUCUACACCCCAAGGAUAUCCUCCUGCCAUGAUUCCAGACACGAAAAUGGACAUCUCCUCCGUCAUCACAUCCCAUGCAAAAUCGCACUUUGCAGCAAUUUUCACCCCUUUCAAAUCAAAGACCCGAGUCACAGGUGGGUGAACAGAACAGAAUCUCUCCAAUGUCAAACACCUCUACUUUUGGCCACAAAAACAGGGGCGUUACUCAUACCAAAUUGCUCAACGGCAAAGACGCGUUAUAAUAAAUGCCUAAAAUAUGAAGCCCAGAAGAGCCUGAACCUCAUAUCCCAACCACUGCCAGCCAAAUGGUUAGUGGGUCUCUGCCAUUGAGAGGGAACCCGCUGGCAUGGACAACUUAGACCACCUUUAAUUGUAGUGGAUGGGGAAGCACCGUCACGUUUAGUCUGCCUGAGGUGACCACUGGCCAGCAAGCCAUGGAUCGAAUCUCCAUACAUGCUUUGGCGGCGCUUCCGACCGCCCACUUCCAUUUUUUUCCUUACGCGGCGAAGCUUCUGGGAAAGAGGCGUGAGCCCAUCGGUGGGCCCACGAUCCCGUACUUGUGCGUUCUCACUCAAUUGUUUAAUUUUACCCCCGAUUCGCGGGAGUUUCUAUGCACCUCCGAUCUGUAACAUUUUGCCCUAACAAGUUAGACCGACUUGCUUCCCGACGUUUUCGCUUGUGCAAUUUAGGGCAAGACCCCAAAUGCUAAUCCUCCUUGCCGUAAUGCUGGGGUUGUCUUUUUUGGAAGUAAUUUGAAUCUACUGUCAAUUUAAUAUAAUAAUCCGCGGCAAGGGGUUGACUAUGGAUUUUCUCAAACGUUUUGUAGCUUCCUCUCCACGCCAUGCAAGUGGGGUUGAAUUCUUCAUAGAGAACAUUUUGUUGAAUUCCUCAGGAUGGUGCGAGUGCAUGGAAAGAAACAUUCUUACCAUCCUUCAGCUCUGUAGAUUGACUGUAUCCCUGAUCCUUCACCAUUGAUUUUGAAUUGUUACUGGGGUUAAAGAACAGAUGAUAUCUGAUAACUAACCAUCUGGUCAUAAAAGUGAACAAUGUAGCUAUUCUGUGGUAACAUACAACUGAAGAUGUCGUAUACAAGGUAAACCACGUGGUGCAUCUAGUCUUCGAUGUGCUGUAGCCUGUCUCUGUCCCCACAAUAUUUUUAAAGAUACAAGCCCUUUUAUCUCUCGCAUAAGUUGUUUGGCAUUGUCAUAUAAAUAUCUACGGAUAUAUUCUGCUGCCUACACAUCGGCAGAAAGCGCAUGUUCUGAAUUUGGGUUUUGGGGAUCUCUCAGUACAAGCAAAGGACUGCAAAAGUUAAGAAAUCAGAUAGAUAAUCGAGCACACUUAUUGAGCAGGUAAAGAGGUUUUACUACAUUCACUUUGACCAAGUCAGAAGACAUAAGUCGUCACCAUAAACAUUUUCUCAUUCCCACUGAACUGGAGGAAACUUCCUUGCAGUUGGAUGGGUGUUCCACUUUUCUUACGCGAGGAAAGCCAAACAUUGCUUGCAGGUGCAGGUGGAAAACAUGUAUCAGAUACCUGCACAGAAAAACUUGCUGAACUAGCUGCAUUGGGAUCCAUUAGUUUCAAAGCCAAACGUUUACGAAGAAUGACAGCUAGAUCCACUAGUUUUAAUGGCAGGGAUCUGGAAAUAAAUGCAUCUGGGUCCAUGAGUUUCAAGGGAAGAAAAAGAGAAACUGAUCUCCGGCGGUCCAGUAGUUUCAAAUGCAAAAACAUAGAAACAGCUUCAGAGGAUUGUAUCAAUUUUAAAGACGAAGAGUUACCAAUUCCUACCCAAGGAACAAUUAGUCCCAGAGCCAGUUAUUCGGAAUCAGCAUCAUCGAGUUCAAUAAGUUCUAAGAAAAUGAGUUUGGAGAGUUCCCCAUUGGGAUCAGAUAGCUAUAAAGAGGAAGCAGCUGCACUCAAAUUGCAGAAAGUUUAUAAAAGUUACCGCACAAGACGGAGUCUUGCAGAUUGUGCUGUAUACAUCGAGGAACUCUGGUGGCAAGCUAUCGACUUUGCUAUCGACUUUGUGACUCUCGAGCGGAAUACUGUUUCAUUUUUUGAUAUUGGGAAACCAGAGACAGCAGUUUCCCGAUGGUCACGAGCAAGCAUAAAGGCAGCAAAGGUUGGAAAGGGUUUGUCUAAGGAUGAAAAGGCUCGCAAACUAGCUUUACAGCACUGGCUUGAGGCUAUUGACCCACGACACCGUUAUGGACACAAUUUGCAUUUCUAUUAUGACGCAUGGUUUAAAAAUGACACAGCACAACCCUUUUUCUAUUGGCUGGAUGUUGGAGAUGGUAGGGAUCUCAAUCUUGAACGUUGUUCAAGGGCGAAGUUGCAGCAACAAUGCAUAAAAUAUCUUGGCCCUAAAGAGAGAGAGCAUUAUGAAGUUAUAGUUGAAGACGGAAAAUUUGUAUACAAAUAUAGUGGUCAUCUGGUUGACACAUCAAAAGGAUCUAAGGGAUCAAAGUGGAUAUUUGUAUUGAGCACAUUAAGAAAGCUCUAUGUUGGCCAGAAAAAGAAGGGCACAUUUCAACAUUCUAGCUUCUUAGCAGGAGGCGCAACAUCUGCGGCUGGAAGAUUGAUUGUACAUGAAGGCAUCCUAAAGUCAAUUUGGCCUUAUAGUGGGCAUUAUCUCCCAACUGAAGAAAACUUCAAAGAAUUUAUCAACUUUCUGGAGGAAAAUAGCAUAGACCACACCAAUGUGCAGAAGGAUCCACCUAAUGAAGAUGAAAUGUCUGUUGAUGCUGAAGAGAACUUGAUCACUGGUAGCGAACCCAACUCAGAAGCAGAAAGAGAUGAGCAGCAUUUGGUUGAAAAGUUCGGAAAACUUGAUUCACAGAAGGAAUUUAAAUGCGCUUCUACUUUGGUGAAAGAAUCAGAAGCUUUCUGGCCUUCCUUUAGAAGGAUCGAAACAGACGAAAUUUGCACUAGGUUUACACCUGAUGGGUUUAAGGAUUCAAACGACAAAAUGUUUUCUAAUGACUCUGAUGAAAACAUGCUUCUUCAAGAAGGGAUUGUACUUGAGAAGAGAGAUAGCAGUGCUCAAGAGGCACAUAAAAGUGCAGGCUGCCAAGAUAAUCAAGAGGUGUGCUACAAAAGGAGUUUGUCAGAUAAAAACCUUGUAGAUACUAGAACAGAGGUGCCUCAGAAAUCACUACUCCAAAGGCUUCACUCCAAAAAAUCCUUACAAUCUUAUCAGCUCGGAAAACAACUCUCUCUCAAAUGGUCAACUGGUGCAGGUCCACGAAUAGGCUGUGUUGCAGACUACCCUUCAGAACUACGUGUCAUGGCUCUGGAAAAAGUACAUCUAUCCCCAAGGUAUAGGUCAACCAACAGUCCAAGGGAGUUUCUGGACUCUCCAAGGAAGUCCACAUCCCCAAAAAAUUCCUCGUAGGCUCAGCUUCCCUGACAAUAUUCUUUUAUUUAUAGCAUUCUUUAAAGGACCAAAUCCUAACCCUAUUUUUUCAUAUUAUUUUUCUUAAUCCCCCAAAAAUUUGUCAUCAGAAUUCCUUUGUAUCUUCAGUGUAAUUAAAAGCGAUAAAACUAAUCAAGGGGCACCAAAUUUUCAUGUAAUUCAUUUCCUCAAUUGUUGUUUAUGUUCAAUAAGAUUAACU